AUGGCCAGCAGCUGUGCGCCGCGGCCUGGAGCCCUGCAGGUCCUCGUCUUCGAGUCUUCGCCUGCGGCGAAGGGCGCCUUGCGCGUGCGCGGCCGCGUGGAGCAAGGCACCCUGCGGCCGGGAGAGCGCUGUCUCUUAACACCCGGCUCUGCUCCUUGCGUUGUGGAGGUCCUCCGCAUGGCCGCCUCCCGCAAUGUGGUCCCUCUGGAGGAGGCGAAGAGCGGGCAGAAUGUGGAGCUGCAGCUUUCUGGUGGACCUUUCCCAGAUUGGCCGGCAGUGGGAGGCGCGUCGACCGUUGGCUGGUGUGGCUCUGUCCUUGGCUCUGCACAGUCGCCUGUGGAGGUUUCGGAUUCGGUGAAGGCCUACUUGGAAGUGCUAGAGUUGCCACGGCCCAUGACAGCCGGCUUCAAGGCCGUCUUGCAUGUGCAUGCUGCAACGGUGGACGCGGAGAUCGAUCAGAUUCUGGACGCCACAGACUGGGCGACCGGAGUGACCACGGAAAGGCCAAAGAUUGUCAAGGCCGGGCAGCGGCUGACGGUGUUGCUGAAGUUCUCUCGACAGGUGCCUGUUUGCAGUGUCUCCGACGCUCAAAGCAGCCGCUUGGGCCUUCUCAUGCUGCGCCUCGAGGAGACGACAGUGGCAGUAGGCCACGUUCUCGAGGUGAGAUGA